AUGAUUUGGGCAUGUUCUUUGAGUGCAGAUGUCGAAAAUAUAUGUAUAAUUGACGGUUUAAUGAACAGCGAAAUAUAUUUUAGAAUUAUAGAUACACAUCUUGCGCCUUCCGUAAAAAAAAUUAAAUUAAAAAAUUAUAUUUUGCAGCAAGAUAACGAUCCGAAGCAUACAAUUAAUUGCACUAGAGAUCACUUGUCAGAUAAAAAAAUUUUGACAUCAGAUUGGCCUGCACAAUCACCAGAUAUGAAUCCUAUAGAAAAUUUAUGGUAUAUUCUUAAGGUAGAAAUAGAGAAGGGGAAACCAAAAAAUAUAAAAGAAUUAAAGAAAUGUGUUAAAGAAGAGUGGAAUAAGAUUGAUUUAGAUGCGUGUAAAAAGUUUUUAAAGAGCAUGAACAGUAGAUGCAAUGAAUUAUUAAAAGUGAAAGGUGGACAUACUAAAUUUUUAAUAAAAAUAUUCCUUUUUUG